AUGACUAAGCCUCUUGUUCUUAGCAUUCAAAGCGGAGUUUCACAUGGAAGAUGCGGAAAUAGAUCCGCUGUUCCGGCCAUCGAAAUGAGUGGUAUUGAUUGCGAUCCAAUCAAUACUGUAAAUUUCUCCACAAAUACUGCAUAUCCGGUUGUAAAGGGAACAAAGCUUCAUCAAGAUCAACUUCAUGAUCUCCUUGAAGGAUUGCGUCUAAAUAACAUCCUUUCAGAAUAUACUCACAUGUUAACAGGCUACGUUGGAGAUCCAAAUAUCAUAAAAGAAUUUGCAAGUUUACGAAAAGAACUUGGAUCGAAUGUAUGCUACUUCUGUGAUCCAGUUUUAGGUGAUAAUGGAAGAUUCUACGUUUCCCAAGAAUGUUUGGAAUUAAUCAAAACAGUAUUAGUUCCAGUUGCUCAAAUAAUUUCACCAAAUGCCUAUGAAGCUGAAUGGCUGACUGGACUAAAGAUGACAAACCAAGCAGAAUUACUCAAAAUCGUAUCAAAACUUCAUGAAUUAGGUCCAGAAACCGUCGUCAUUACAAGUACAGAAUGGAAGCGUAGUUUCGUCUUCUUUUCAUUCGAAAAGGGCCAAAUUCAAUUUGCUAUUGAGUUGGUCAGAUUCGAUCGUAAAUUCAACGGGCCAGGCGACUUAUUUGCUGCAUUGUUCUUAGCAAAUAACAUUCGAUUCCCUAAGCAGUACGAAAAAAUAGCUAGUAGAACAGUAAAUUCUGUUUAUGGAGUUCUUAAGACAACUGUUGAACUUGACAGCAGAGAAUUGGCUAUUCCGAGUUCUGUUUCAUCCAUCCUUCACCCGGCUGAUGAUUUCAAGAUUAUUCCAUUGCAAGAUUUCAUGCAGAUAACAAUAUAA